GGCGAAGAAGAAAACACCGAGACCGCAACGUGAGAGCCAUGCCGAAAUCCAAGAGGGACAAGAAAGUUUCUUUAACCAAAACAACCAAGAAGGGGUUGGAAGCCAAGCAAAAGCUGAUUGAAGAGCUGCGGAAAUGCGCAGACAUCUACAGAUAUGUGUUUGUGUUCUCAGUAGAAAACAUGAGAAACAACAAACUAAAAGACAUCAGGACGGCCUGGAAACACAGCCGGUUCUUUUUCGGUAAGAACAAAGUCAUGAUGAUCGCACUGGGUAAAGGACCGACAGACGAGUACAAAGAUAAUCUGCAUAAAGUGAGCAAGUUUCUCAGAGGUGAAGUAGGUGUUUUGUUCACAAACAAAACAAAAGAUGAGGUUCAAGAAUAUUUCAGUAACUUUAAAGAGGUGGAUUACGCUCGAGCGGGAAACGUAGCAACCAUGGCCAUGACGCUGGAUGAAGGUCCGCUGGAGCAGUUUCCACACUCGAUGGAGCCUCAGCUCAGACAGCUGGGCCUCCCUACAGCGCUCAAGAAAGGUGUGGUGACAUUGAUAAAAGAUUUUGAAGUGUGUAAAGAGGGAGACACAAUCACACCUGAACAGGCUCGAAUUCUGAAACUCUUUGGAAUCGAAAUGGUGGAAUUCAAAAUAUCAAUCAAGUGCAUGUGGAAUUCUGAAUCCGGGGACCUUGAAAAGCUGACGGACGGUGACAGCGAUGAGACCAAGAAAGAGGAAACAGAUGGAGACUCAGAGGAUGGAGAAGGGAGUGGAUAAAACCUGAACACAGGCAAUGGACUUUUUUCGUGAACAUUCGUUUUGUUCAUCCAACAUAAACCCAUGAAACGUUUUAUUGAGUGUUUUUCAGUGAGCUGCACAUUACUGUCACAGUCAUCUGCACACUGUUUAGUGUCUAAUUUCAACUACAAUUUUCUACAAAAAUACAAGGUUUUUUAGUGUUAAAUAUAAGUUAUUUUAGCAAGUUUUUGGCAAGAAGACAACAAAACACAGCGAUUCAUCAAGAUGCCACUAUUACAUUAUUUUUAUUGCAUUCUCUUGUAAACGUGGAAAAAUCAAGUGUCAGUGAGCUCAGAAAGAGGUUUAAUUUUGUCAUUGUGUUUAUUAGGAAGCAGAAGGC